AUGUCCGACUCCGAAUUCCAGUCAAUUCUCUACGAAACAUCCGCCGAUGGCAAAGUUGCGUACAUCACGCUGAACCGGCCGGAGCGCCUCAAUGCCAUUGACCCCCAUAUGCCACUCGAGAUCCGCGCCGCCGUGCGCCAGGCCAACUUCGACCCCAAGGUGCACUGCAUCGUGCUCCGCGGCAGCGGCGCCGGCUUCUGCGGCGGCUACGACCUAGUCAUCUCGGCGCAGGCCGCCCAGCGCGGCGAGACCGAGGGCAGCCAGGACCUCUCGGACGGCUACGACCCGUUCCGCGACUACGCCAUGAUGCGCGAGUGCACCGACUGCUACGCGGCGCUCUUCCACAGCCACAAGCCGACGGUCGCGCAGGUGCACGGCGCGGCGGCGGCCGGCGGCUCCGACAUUGCGCUGAGCUGCGACCUGGUGGUCAUGGCCGACGACGCGCGCAUCGGCUACCCGCCCGCGCGCGUCUGGGGCUGCCCGACGACGGCCAUGUGGGCGCACCGCGUGGGCAUGGAAAAGGCGAAGCGGAUGCUGCUCACCGGCGACUUGGUGGACGGCAAGGAGGCGGCGGCCAUGGGCCUGGUGCUCAAGUCGGUGCCCCGGGGGGAGCUCGAGGACGCGGUGCGGCUGCUGACGGACCGCAUCAAGGAGGUGCCGGUCAACCAGCUGUGGAUGCAGAAGCAGAUGAUUAACAGCACGUUUGAGGCGCAGGUGGCGGCGAGCCAGCGACUGGCGACGGUGUUUGACGGCAUAACGAGGAACUCGCCAGAGGGGGUGGCGUUUCAGGGCCUGGCGGCGGAGAAGGGUUUCAAGGCGGCUGUGGCGGCGAGGGAUGAGCCCGGAAGGACGCCGGCGUACAGAAAGGUGUGGAAGAGUUCUUUGUAA